UAGAACGACUCUGAAGAGCUUUUUCACAACUGUAGAGAGAAUCGGAAUUUGUUCUUGAGCGCAGCCUAGAUUUUCUCUAACUCGAUAAAAACGUUUUCCUUUAUUGCAAUCAAAAAUUGACUUUCAGUGAAUGUGAACGGACCUAUCGGAUUUGUUUCUAAAAGGAUAACACUAUGUUGUACUAUUAUUGGUGAAAUUAAAGACAAACAUAUAUUAUCCAAUUAACAGCAUUAGACUUACAUUGUUUGAAUGUGAAUAAUUAUAAUACAACUCUAUUUACACCGUGUAUUUUGAUGUAAUAUGAUAUAUAUUUAAAAACGUAAUACGCUUAAGCUAAAACGUUAUCAUUUCAUUAUAUACAUGUAGUUAUGUGAACCUGGAAUUACAAGAUACAAAUUGUAUUAAUGAGCAUUAUAACAGAACCAUUCAUUAGGAUCAAUGAACAAUACAAAUGUCAAUGGAUGUAUUCAAAUUGUGAUAUGAAAAUGUGACGUGUACUAACAUAACAAAACAACUAAAUUAUUUGCAUGAUCUUUAUUAGAAUGGGAAAGAAGUAUGAAAAUGUAUCAAGUGAAAUAUGGACUAAUUUAUCAGAACAACUAAUGUCUUCGACCAUUGGUGAACUGAAUAUAGAACAACAUUUAUUUUCAAAUCUUGGAGAACGAAGGAAGGAUACUGUGUCAGUAAUAUUUUUAAUUUGUGUUUAUUGCAUAAUAUUUAUAAGUGGAUUAGCUGGAAAUUUAAGCACGUGCAUUGUUAUAUGGAAAAAUAGCUACAUGCAUUCUGUGACAAAUUAUUACUUAUUCAAUUUAGCGAUAUCGGAUUUACUUACUCUUAUUUUAGCGCUUCCUCCAGAAGUCUACUCCAUUUGGGAAGCAUACCCAUGGCGACUCGGGGAACCGUUUUGCAUACUAAAAUCCUUUAUUAUGGAAAUGACUUCAUAUUCAUCGGUGCUUACAAUUACUGGAUUUACAAUUGAAAGAUACAUUGCAAUUUGUCAUCCAAUCAAAGUUCAGCGUUGUUGCCAUGUGUCUCGAGCUACGAGAUGUAUCGUACUUAUUUGGACAGUGUCAGUGUUUAGUGCAUUGCCGUAUCCAAUACAUACAAGAACGUUUUAUUAUCUACACGAUCCGUCUACCGGUGAACCUAUUCCUGAUUCCCUUGUGUGUAAUAUUCCAUUAAUUUGGACGGAAAGAAUGAUCACAGUGUUCCAAAUGUCAACAUUUAUUUAUUUUAUUGUACCGAUGGUAGUGAUAACAUUAUUUUAUAUUCUUAUUGGUGUAAAGUUAAGAGAAAGUGCGUUAUCAGCGCCUCGAUCUCCACAAUACGGCAAAGCUACUGCUGCACGAGCGAGACGGGCAAUCCUGAAAAUGCUUGUUGCUGUUGUUGUUGCCUUUUUCCUUUGCUGGGCUCCAUUCCAUGCUCAACGACUGAUGACAUUGUAUAUAAAAACUUGGACCAAACAGUUGAUUGAAGUACAAAGCUACUUAUUUUAUGUUUCAGGGGUGCUGUAUUUUUUCAGUUGUACGGUCAACCCAAUUCUGUACAAUUUACUGUCAAGGAAAUUCCGUCGGGCUUUCAAACGGACACUCUGCAGAUGUUGUGUUAAUAUCAAUUCUCUGCCAAGUUUUUAUAUGCUCAAGGCAAAAUUUAUUAACAAUGACGGGCAUUUACAAUCAGAUAUCCAGGCUAAUUCGAAAGAGUACAUUCCAGAGAGAAACCAGAUGCGCCUGGUGACUUUUUAUAGAAACGAGAAACAAUUUACUCAUUCGAUAAGGAAAGGUGUGAUUACUGAAAAACAAUUAACAAAGGAUACUUUACUUAAUCGAACCAGUAAGGAAGGAAGCUCAAGCUGUAGUUCACAUGCACAUUCUGACGGUGGUUUGCAUGCAUUAUGUCGUCAUAAAAGAUGUACAAAUCGACGUCAAAGUUUUUUGUCCCCGCGUCCAAAUGUUAAUGUAGCAUCGUAUCAGGAUAUAGAUGUGCUGAAAAGACAGGGUUUAAAUCAUAUGAGACACAGUGAUCCAGUAUCAACUGAGGAAGAAAACAUAUUGUAUGAAGACAGUGUUUCCGCAUCUGAUCAUCCAAUUUUACGAAUAACUUUACGGGUAUAAUGAAUAUUUGUGUUUUAAACAAAUAAUUUAUAAGUGAAUUUGAAUACUUCCUUGAAUAUAUACCAAAUUGCAAUGAUUAUGUAAAUACAUUUGACAGGUUUUUCUGGUACAAUCCUUUCAGUGGCAUUGACAACAGAAUGUUACUUACGUGCAUUCUCUCUGAGAGUUGCGAAACCGUUACACACUGAAUGUGUAAUAUAGUAUAGAAUAUAUAUCGGAGUUUUAUUAUCAAUAAUAGUGUUAAGUUUGCCUGGUUCAGAUUUGUUCGCCAUAAGUUCUGUUGACUCUAGUUCAUGUAAAUAUUUAAUCCUUUUCACGCAUGCUAACUAUCCGAAGUAGCCAAAGUGCACAAUUGGAUAUUGGACUGCGCUUGUCGCAUUUGAGGGAUAAUUUGACGCCAGCAGAAUCAAGUUUAAGAUGACUAUGAGUUACAAUGAGCCAAAGCUUGUUUCGUUUUAGUGACUUAUGUGCUCAAUGUGUAUGAGAUAGACCGUUCUAUAAAAAAAACAGUUUAAAAAAUAACAAAAUAAAAAACAAUAAUAUUUUCCUGAUAACUAACAUAAGUCAAAAUCGGAUGUAGGAUUUUCAGUUGUUCAUUCUUUUGAAACGAAUUAACUUAUAAUUUAUAAAGCUGUAUCAUUCUGCUCCAAACCGGUGCUAUUGGGUAAAAAGAAGAAGCAUUACAUUGAAAAAUUCAAUCAUCAUUUUUUGUACAAAAUGUCGUUAACGUCAUUUAUGUGACCUAACUGUUGUUUUAUUGUUGAAAUCUUAUGUUUUUUAAAGGAAUGCUAGCUUAUUCAGAAUAUUAAAUAUAUAUUGAUAAUACGUUACAUUAUUGAUAUAUGUAACAAUUUUACAAGAAGAAUUCCCAAACAAUGAUUAUAACUAUAUAAGACACGUUCUUUUCAAUUUAGUGUUAAGGGUACUACAGUUAAAGGAUAAACGCAAGUUGAUGCGUACAUGCUCAUUCUGAUAUUUUGUUAUAAUUACUAAUGACGAAAAAAAUAAACGUUAUAAAUGAA